CCAAUCAAUGUUGCUUUCAUCGUUGACGAUGCCGAAGCAGAAUGGUUGUACCCAGAAAACUCCCUUGAUUACGUUCACGUGCGGAACAUGGGAGCUGCGAUCAAAGACUGGGAGAAGUUGCUUGCACAAGCUUUCCGCACCUUGAAACCAAGAGGCUGGAUUGAGCUCCAGGAGAUGAAGUGGAACUUCAAUUGUGACGAUGACACCAUGCCACCAGACUAUACUCUUACGAAGAUGAUGAAGUUUGUUUGUGAAGGUCUUGGAAAAUUCGGUAUCGAGGCAGAUGUUGCCGACGUCAACCCAAAACGCCUCGACGACGCGGGCUUUGUCAAGAAAGUCGAGGAUGUUCAGAAGGUUCCCGUAGGCGAGUGGCCAAAGAGAGAAGACCUGAAAAUGAUUGGAGCAUACUGCAAAGCUGUUCUCUACGACGGCAUACAUGGGGUCACAGUUGGCCCACUUACACGAGGUCUAGGGUGGUCUGCCCCGGAAGUCGACAUCUUCUUAAUCGAUGUACGGAAAGAUCUCAUGAAUGCUGGUAUCCACUCUUAUGUGUUCUACCACUCUGUUGCAGGUCAAAAACCGAAGGAAAGUGCCUCUUCAUCUAGCUAG